CGAUAGUUUUAAGUGGUUUAAAACACAAUACCAGCAAGAACAAACCAUUAAAAAAAGAAAAUUGACUAUAAAUGUUUGUGUAAUAACAAAAGCCAGCCAGCACAAAGGCUGGCCUAGUUCAAAUCGAGCCUUGCUAGAAAAACUCAAGCAACGUCAUUUCAAAGUAGUGAUCUAAAAACCCCCCCACCAACCAACCAACCAAUAAAUAAACCACGACAACACAACACACACAAAACAGUAAACCCAUAGAGCUGAAUUGAACAAAAACAAAAAUCAAAUGCGCUUCUCUUGCUGAGAGCUAAACAAUUAAAAAAGCAACAGUACUUAAGGUUACUGAGCAUAUGUGUGGGGAGUAAGCUCACUUGAUUGCUUUCAUUCAAAACAAAAGUCUCCCCUUUUGGUCUCUUUUUUUUCUUGCGUGUUUCUCUGAGAGCAAAUGUCAAUAAGAGUGAGUGAGUAGUGCAUGGCGUGCACUCCCCUUAAUAUUUCUGCUGACGUUGACGUUCACGAAAGCCUUCGUUGCCUAGCGACGACGCUAUUGUACUGGGGUCGUUGUAAGCCAGCCGCGACUCCUCAGGACUUGAUUAUUAUUUUAUAUUCUACUACCCAUACAAACUAGAAAAUCUACCACCACUCACUCACACUGAGUUUAAAAUAAUUUUUUCUUUACGCAUUACGUACAUUCGCUGUUGUUACUCGUGACUGUAAGGACGUGUCGUCGUGUUGUUGUCAUCUCGUCUCGCUGUGUGGGCCCCCUUCCCCGUCGUGUCUCAUGGUGUCCACAUUACAAAGGCAAGCAACAACAACCAACAAUAAUAAAAUAAAAAACUAUCAAGAAGCAACAAAUAAAACGAAAUUGAAAAGAAUUUUUAAAAGUCAUGUUUUAAAAGGCUGCAGUGCCGGCACAAAACUUCUAAAAUAGCAGCAGCAUCAUCAUAUUGUUAUCUUCCCAUAUUGAAAUAAACUCAAAAAAGAAAAGACAAUAAAAAAGGAUUUUAAAUCCUUUAGCCUCCUGCAACCAAUUCUCCCUCCCGAACCUUUUGAAACUAUAAAACGGCUUCCAAAUGAAGAUGGCUUCGCAGAGAUUUUGUUUGCGAUGGAAUAACCACCAAAGUAAUUUACUGUCCGUCUUUGAUCAGCUGUUACAUGCAGAAACAUUUACGGACGUCACCUUGGCCGUGGACGGUCAAUAUCUUAAAGCACACAAAAUGGUCCUUUCAGCCUGCAGUCCGUAUUUCAAUGCUUUAUUUAUCAAUCAUCCCGAAAAACAUCCUAUAGUCAUCUUAAAAGAUGUACCCUAUGCGGAUAUGAAAUCGCUAUUGGAUUUCAUGUAUCGUGGUGAGGUGUCCGUAGAUCAAGAGCGUCUAACGGCUUUCCUCAGAGUGGCGGAAAGUUUGCGCAUUAAAGGUCUCACUGAAGUCAAUGACGAUAAGCCCUCAAAUAAUGAGCCAACGCCUCAACCACCACAGCUGCAACGCAUUCAACCAUAUGUGGUGCAACAGCAGCAACAACAACAGCGUCAUAAAACCCACCAAUCAUCAGCAACCGGCGUUGGCAAUAGUAAUACUAGCAAUACGAAUGCCUCCCAAAUUGCCUCCGGUCAACAAAAGUCCCAACAAGAAUCUUUACUCACAUUGGCUUUGGCUUCAAUGCCCAAGCGUAAACGCGACAAUGUCAACAAUAACAAUGAUCCUCAAAUGUCAUCCGGCCAACAAAAACCCCGACAAGAAUCUUUACUCACGCUGGCGUUAGCUUCAAUGCCAAAACGCAAACGUGGCAGGCCACGUAAGCUAUCUGGCAGUGAUGAUGGUGAAUAUGACGACUAUGAUGAAAUGGGUGAUGGUAAAAUGUGCAAUGACUCUUUUUCCGGCAAUGAAGAUGGCUCAGAUGACAAUCAAAGGGAUUCAGGCAAUAAUGAUGAUAUGAAUGAAAGUCGCGACUCACACUCACCUACCAAGAAAUCACAAAAUCAGGACCGCAAUCAACAAAACGACGACAACAGCACUUCCGAUGGCAAUGAUAGUGACAAUGAUGAGCCAAUGGAUUCAUCGUAUAUGGAGCCUCAAUUAAUGUUGGAUGAAUAUGAUGAACCUGUGGAAUUUAAAUUCGAUCCUAAUGCAACGGACUCAGCUUCGCAGGACAAUAUGUCUAAUAUGUCGCAACAGGCCCGCCAGCAAGCAUUUCUAUUAGCCGCUCAACAAAAACACCAUCAACAACAAAUGGCAGACGCUGCAGCCGCAGUAGCUAGCGGUAUGCAAAUGUCGGCUGUUGUUGGUGCGGGCGCCAUGCCUGGUACGGUGACGUUGUUGAACUCAAUGGUCAGCAUACCAAAAUUGGCCCCCAUUGUCAAGCCCGUUAAGCCAAAGAUAAAUAAACGUGUGAAGUUGAAGCAAAACGGUGUGGAUGUUAAGCCUUUUGCAAGCACCGACUACAUGGACAUCUUAGCCGGCAACUACAUGAACUCCGCCCAAGCUGCUAAAAUGAAAUCUCUAAGUGCCAGCACGGGCAGCUUAAACGUCAACUCACCACCACCCAAAACCAAAUUAAAUACAUCAUGUAAUUCCAUCAUCGAAGGUGAAGGCGAAGGUUCGGUGCGUGACUAUUGUACCAAAGAAGGUGAACAUACGUACCGCUGCAAAGUCUGCUCUCGUGUCUAUACACAUAUAAGUAAUUUCUGCCGCCACUAUGUCACCUCCCACAAACGUAAUGUCAAAGUGUACCCCUGUCCAUUCUGUUUCAAAGAGUUUACGCGAAAAGACAAUAUGACUGCCCACGUUAAGAUAAUACAUAAAAUUGAGAAUCCCUCGUCGGCUUUGGCAGCGGCGGCCGCCGGUAAUGCCGUGCAGCUGCCCGGACAAAUGUCGGCGUCCGGUUCGCAAAAUGUUAGUGCAUCUUCCACACCCACACCGCCCGAUUUGAAUGCGCAAACCUCAAAUCAAUCGGGCAGCGGUUUGACAGGCCUUACAUUAAAUACAUCAACACCGGCGGGAGGUUCAUCGUCGGCGUCCUCGUCAUCUGUGAGUUCACCGCCUGCUGGUUCAUUAACAACAACACCCACCACAACGACUGCGGCGGCGGUGGCGCAAAAAUUAGACAAAUGCAUAACCACUACUGAGCUAAAGAAGUUUUGUAACAAAAAAAAAAAACAAACAAAACAAACAAACCUAGGUCUACUAUUAGGGUUUGUGGUUAUAACACCCAUAUUCCACCUUAUCAACAGCAGUCCCGAGCUAUCACAAAGACUUUUUGGUGUAAGCACAACAACCAGUAGUUGCAAUGUCACCAACAAUUCGGCCACCAAUAACACAGCUAUGAUUUCCUUAGUGCCACAGCAUACAGCUACUGCUCCUAAUGCACAGCCAACACCACAGCAACAACAUCAACACCAACAAACUAACAAACCAACACAGUCCAUAGAGUUCAAUGAUAAUCUAAAUGUCCACUUGCCCACGGUGCUGGGACUAAAAUACAAAAAUGCCAUGCAAGGUACUACUGCAAAAUUGCAAGAAACUCAGCAAGGUCAACAUCAAACACCAACUUCUCAGCACCAACAGCAGCAGACAACUAUGGUCUCUCUAACGCAUCAGCCUACAACAAAUGCCAAUUCUUUAUUGAAACAACAAUUGAGUGCAGGCCUCAAGGAUCUCAUGGAUGCUACUUUGGCUAGCAGUGGAAAUACAACAACAACCAACAUUAAUACCAACACCGUCAAUUUAACAUCACAAACCGUCCCACCAAAUAUGGUAUCCAGUGUGAUGUCUGCAACUGCCAUGGAUACCCAGGAAGCUUGCUCAGCUCUGCAGUCAUUGGCCACAGCGGCCGAAAGGCAAGCAGCUCAACAGAAUAACAGCAUACAACCACCAUCGGCCAAUAAUCUGCAUCAUCAAUUCCUAUUGCAUAUGGCUGCCAAUCCCAUUAUGAAACCGGGAGAUUUUUUCCAGCAGCAUCAAAAUGCUUUGUUGCUAACAGAGGAUGACAACAAUCUGGAUUUGCUUAUGGAUCAAAGUGAUAAAUCCGAUCCGGAAAUGUUAACAUUAGCCGAUGAAAAUGCAGGCCUUGAUUACAGCACCGGCAAUGAAACGGGCGGUCCUCAGGGAGAAAAUAACGAAAAUCUAGACAAUUGCGCCAAUAACAGUGUAUCCUCAUCCAAUGCUGGAGGCCAUAAUAGUAGUAGUAACACACCACGCAGCAGGAAUACCACUAACAAGCCCAUACAGCGUCGUCGUGUUCGUCGCAAAGCCCAGUCUUCCAUAGAUGAUCAGGCUGAGCAACUAACGGAAAUGUCCGUGCGCGGCUUGGAUCUUUUCCGUUAUGCCUCGGUUACCGAGGGUGUCUAUCAGUGUACCGAGUGUGCCAAGGAGAACAUGCAAAAGACUUUCAAGAAUAAAUACAGCUUCCAGCGACAUGCCUUUCUCUACCAUGAGGGCAAACAUCGCAAGGUAUUUCCCUGUCCGCUGUGCGGCAAAGAAUUCUCCCGGCCAGAUAAAAUGAAGAAUCACAUGAAAAUGACCCAUGAGUCGUUUGUGGCCAAGGAGAUACAGAAUUUCAAUCCCUUGAAUUAUCUCAUAAGUGCUGCGGCAGCUGGCGAAAUACAGGCAACAUUUCCCAACAAUGCCAAUGCCAAUGCUGGAGACAAUAACGACAAUAGCACAACAUCACAGCCACUGAUAAGUCAGUUGCAAUCUUCAAAUCCGGCUCUAAGUAUAAUGAUCAACAAUAAUGGUGAGAAUGCCGGCGAAGAGGGACUUAAUCUAACGCAUGCCCAAGUUGUCAAGGAGGAGCAGCUGAAAUUUCCCUCGGAUAUAGAAAUUAAAAGUGAAAUAGUAAUCUCACCUUCACCUUCGCCGCCACCACCCCCACCCGCACAAACCUCGCUCAGCCAUCAAUUGCCUUUGGGCACUUCGGUUUCUUUGGCUGAAUCCUCGCUGUCCCUAUUGAGAUCUGUGGCCCACAACUCAACGGCCGCAUCAGCUGUCACCCAGACAACAAACGCUGCUCAACUCAACGCUCAAAGACUGGAGGAGGUGAAAUAAAUGUUUGGCCAUGUUUGCUCUUAGGGCAUUAGGGAUUUUGGUUUUUCCGUUUUUUCUUGCCUUGCUUGCUCUCGCCACACAGGUAAGGUAACUAAAAAAAACAAAAAGAAAAUCAACUCAGUUUGUCAUCAUGAAAUCAAAAGACUUGGUAUUUCACAAUGAAAGUAAAGCUUUGAAAAAGCAUGCUUUCGAACUCACCACCACACGCAUAACAUGUUUUUGCACAAUAACUACUUAAACUUAAUAAUAAUGUUUUAAUUAAAAACAAAAGAAAAACCUUAAGGCCUAGAUAUAAAUAAUGUUAGUCUUGUAAUUAAAUAAGUUUAUAUAUAGAUGAUAUUUCAAAUCCGUCCAAUUUUCCUAAAAUUAAUUGAAUUAUAUAUAAAUUUACACUAUAUUCUCACUUAUGUAGGUAUAUGAAUGGAAGUUAUGAGUUACUAAUGUUUUUUUUUAAGUGUAUGUAUAACAAGUGAAGACAAAUAGUGUACAUUAGGGUGGGUAAUCUACAUCAAAUUCUAAGAAAUUUUGCCCAAAAACCAUGGCUCUGAAACUAAAAUUAGGCUUCCUGUUUUUAAACUACAAACUCGGAAGAUCUGGGUACUUUUUUGUCCAAAAAGAAAAGUUUGUCUGUCGUUAAAAACCAGCAGCUCGGUUUAGAUUUUAGACCAGUCCACGCACACUAUUGCAUAUGUUUGUGUAAACUUCUCACUCAGAGUGAAAACACUAUCAGUCUCACACACAAGGAAAAAGUAAAAGCCACACACACAUCAAGAAAUUGCAUGCUCUCAGACAACAACAACAAAUAUAUCUAUACUUAACCAAUAUGAGAGAUUUGUUUAAGUAAAGCCACACACAUCAAGAAAUUGCUUGCUCUCAGACAACAACAACAAAUAAAGCUAAACUUAACCAAUAAAAGAGAGUGGUUUGUUAACAAAACCGACAUCAGCAUACGGGCUUGAAAAUAUUGUGCACAUUAGCACAUGUACCUUAUACUGUUUUAGGCCCAUGGGUUUUUGGGCAAAAUUUUUUAAAACUUGUCGUUGAUUACGGUUUUAACAACCACCUCGGGUGUGCAUUUUUUGGUCCUUACAAAAUAAUACACCCUAAAUUCUGCGUAUAACUUUAGUUUUCACCAAUAAAAGCUAAAGUCAUUGAUUAUGAUCGCUAAGCUCAGCUCUAUGACAUCAUAUCUUAAAUUUUCAUUGAGUUAUUUUUAUAGA